AUGUUUUUAGCUCGGUCACUUCGGGUUCUGCGACCCAAUAUCUUAGCUGGAGGCUUAAAGAGCCCAAUUUUGGCUAGGUUCGUGCAUUUGCGACCUAAUACCGCCGUCAGCAUAUCCUGUCAUCAGUCGUCUAAAUAUGGUUUUUUUGGCCCCCAUUACGGCGUCGUGUUCUCUAGCACAACAUCCAGGAGCUUUUCGGUGCUAUCAAACUGUCAAAACGCUCAGAAACCGGCCAAGAACAAGUCAAAAACGUUAGAAAGUGGUGUUGAUGACGAUGGGGCUGCAAUGGGCUUCAAAGAAGUCUUGAGGCUGUUUGGGCUCGCACGCCAUGACUGGAAGCUUUUGUGCGUAGCGGUAGGGCUCUUGACAAUUAGCUCAUCGGUUGGCAUGGCUAUUCCCAAGGUAAUUGGUUUAGUGCUUGAUUCAAUCAAGAACGCGUAUGGAGCAGCAACUGCUCCUUUAGAAUUAAAGGAUCUGCCCCCUAUUGUCUAUGAUUUGGGAAUGUAUGACUUUCUCGGAAUUUUUGCGGGGGCCUUGGUUCUUGGAACAGUUGCAAAUUUUGGUCGAAUUGUACUGCUACGGGUCCUCGGUGAAAAGCUCGUUGCCAGAUUACGUUCCAACGUUAUCAAAAAAAUUAUACAUCAAGAUGCGGAGUUCUUUGAUCGAAACAAAGUGGGUGACUUAAUCUCCAGAUUGAGUUCUGACGCUUACGUCGUUUCUCGUUCUAUGACCCAAAAUGUGUCUGACGGCUUCAAGGCCAUCAUUUGUGGUGGUGUCGGUAUCGGUAUGAUGGUAAGUAUCUCCACCUCCCUCACUUCAGCGCUUUUGUUAUUCGCGCCUCCCUUACUGGUCGGGGCUACAAUUUAUGGUAAGAAAAUCAGAGCCAUAUCUAGAGAUUUGCAGGAAUCAACUGGUAAUUUGACGAGGGUGUCGGAGGAGCAGCUGAACGGCGUAAAAACUAUUCAGUCUUUUGUCGCGGAAGGAAAAGAAUUGAAACGCUAUAACAAUGCUAUCCGUAAGGUUUUCGCUUUCGGGAAAAAGGAGGCACUGACUAACGCCACGUUUUUCAGUUCUACAGGUAUUUUGGGAGAUUUGAGCUUCCUCAUUGUGUUAGGCUAUGGGUCACACCUUGUGCUUCAGGGAGGCCUGACUGUCGGUGACCUCACGGCCUUCAUGCUUUACACAGAAUAUACAGGUUCCGCUGUCUUUGGUCUUUCCAACUUCUACUCAGAGCUCAUGAAAGGAGCUGGUGCCGCAUCCAGAUUGUUUGAGAUGACCGACCACGCUUCCUCCAUCAGACCAACUUCGGGGAAUGCGUUUGUUCCAGUAUCAGGUAAAAUCAAAUUCGACAACGUAUCGUUUGCUUACCCAACGAGGCCCACUAACCAAAUUUUCAAGAACCUGAAUUUCACAAUAGAGUCCGGAUCGAAUGUUUGUAUUGUUGGCCCCUCCGGAAGAGGCAAGUCGACAAUUGCAUCUUUAUUGCUGAGAUAUUACGACUCGACCAGCGGUCACAUAACCAUUGAUGACCAAGAUAUCACGAAGGUCAAUUGUAAGUCGCUGAGGCGUCAUUUGGGUGUGGUACAGCAAGAGCCUAUGCUUAUGUCAGGAAGCAUCAAAUAUAAUCUGACGUAUGGCCUGAAUCACGAUGUCUCAAUGGAUGAAAUUCGCUCAGCAGCUAAGAAGUGUUUCUGUCAUGGAUUCAUUACGAAGUUUCCUGACGGGUACGAUACUGUCAUUGGUCCAAGGGGAGCCUCGUUGAGUGGUGGUCAGAAGCAGCGUAUAUCUAUCGCUCGUGCUUUGAUCAAAAAACCCAAAAUUUUGAUCCUGGACGAAGCGACGUCCGCGCUAGAUGUUGAAAGUGAAGGUGCCAUCAAUUAUACUUUGGGGAGACUAAUGAAGAGUCGCGAAUUAACCAUCAUUAGUAUAGCACACCGGUUGAGUACAAUCAGAAGAUCCGAGAACGUUAUUGUUCUUGGUCACGAUGGUUCUGUUGUGGAAACAGGCAAAUUCAAGGAACUUUACGCUAACGAAAACAGCGAGCUCUUUAAACUGCUCAGCGACAAGAAAAACAACAACCCAAAUCCCAAAAUUCAGAAUGAAGCAAAUGAGAACAGAGCUGAAAGAAAAAUAGAUGAUAAAGUGCUGGAACAUGUUGCCAACGAUAUUAGCCUUGAUCAGAAAUCGUCAAAACUAACUCCAUGA